AAACAGAGCGCCAAAGCCGGCCACGUCACCACAGUCCUCCCGCCCCCCUCCACGGAAGUCCCGCCCCCCCCGAGGGAACGAGGACAGGAGAGAAAGGGGACAAGGAAACAAGUGUCUACUUCCUCAACGCUGCUGCAAUGUGAGGAGCCCAGGCAAGAGCGCCCCCUGUCUGCAGGGAGGACUCACUGCCCCCUGCUGAUAAGCCCGAAAACUUGAUGUGGAAAGUUCCACACUUUCAAACGGCCUCUUGGGCAAGUCCCGUACGUUGGGGAUGUGAUGAAGCCACCAUCAUCAUUCAUUCUUCAUCCUACAUGCCAUCAGACCUUGUACAGCAGCCACCGGGUCAAAGGUCACACUGUGUGUGUGUUUAUUGGGGGUCAUAGUGAGAGAGAGAGAAAGGGGCGUGUGCUGGUUUGGGGCUGGCGGCCAUGUUGAAGCCGGGCGAGCCGAGCGCCUUCCUGAAAGUGGACGCGUCGUACUUGCAUCACUGGCAGCAUCUCCUGCCUGUGCCGCCGGCCCCCGCGGACCCCCUGCGCCCCUCCCGGCUCUACGGCCAGCGGGCAGGAGACGUGCUGGCCAAGGAGCAGAGCUGUGGGGGGGUGGUGUCGUCCAGCGUGAAGAGCGGCGGCGGCGGCGGCGGCGAACAAGGCGGGAAAAGUUUAUCGGGGAGGAUGAAGCUGAGCGCCGAGGAACUGGACUACUUCCUGUACGGACAACAGAGGAUGGAGAUCAUCCCCGUCAACAACCACAACCUUGACGCCAACAACCGUUGUGACAUGUGCGCCGACAACCGCAAUGGCGAGUGUCCCAUGCACGGACCGCUGCAUUCACUGAGGAGGCUGGUCGGCACCAGCAGCACCGCCGCACCCGUCGCCCUGCCCGACGUCCCUGAUUGGCUGCGAGACCUCCCUCGGGAGGUGUGCCUGUGCACCAGCACCGUCCCCGGCCUGGGGUACGGCAUCUGUGCCGCCCAAAGGGUUCCCCAGGGAACUUGGAUCGGACCCUUCCAGGGCGUCCCUCUGAUGCUGGACAAAGUCCGCUUGGGCGCCUCCAGGAACACACGACACCUGUGGGAGAUCUACGACUCGGAGGGAACCUUGUUGCACUUUCUGGAUGGCAACGACCCGUCAAAGUCCAGCUGGAUGCGCUACAUCCGCUGUGCCCGACACUGUGGGGAGCAGAACAUGAUGGUGGUGCAGUACAGGUCCAGCAUCUUCUACCGGGCGUGCAUGGACAUCCCUCGGGGAAGCGAGCUGCUGGUGUGGUACAACGACUCCUACACCUCCUUCUUCGGCAUCCCGCUGCAGUGUGUGGCUCAAGAUGAAAACCUCAACGUUCCAGCCUCGGUGGUGGAGGCCAUGACUCGCCAGGAGUCCUUGCAAGCCUUCAACAAGACCGGCAAGCCUUCGUCCUCCAUGGUCUUCCCCCAGACGCCCUGCACCAGAACCUUCUCCAUGCUGGACAAGAGUGGCGCCCCCUUCCACUCCGAGUCCUCCUUCAACCAGCUGGGCUCCAAGAACCAGCGAGUCCUGGCCAGUCCCACCUCCACCAGCCAGCUGAGCAGCGAGUUCAGUGACUGGCACCUCUGGAAGUGUGGCCAGUGCUUCAAGACCUUCACCCAGAGGAUCCUGCUCCAGAUGCACGUCUGCCCCCAGAACCCCGACAGGCCCUACCAGUGCGGACAUUGCUCGCUCUCAUUCUCCCAGCCCUCAGAGUUGAGGAACCACGUGGUGACGCACUCCAGCGACCGGCCCUUUAAGUGCGGAUACUGCGGCCGCGCCUUCGCCGGCGCCACCACGCUCAACAACCACAUCCGCACGCACACGGGAGAGAAGCCCUUCAAGUGUGAGCGGUGUGAUCGCAGCUUCACGCAGGCCACGCAGCUCAGCCGCCACCAGCGACUUCCAAACGAGUGCAAGCCGUCGAGCGAAGGCAGCGAGUCCAUCGAGGUGGACUAGAAGUCAAAGAUGGCGGCCGUUUGACAAACACGAGAGCUUCCUUUUUCUUCCUUGAUUCUCCUCGGCGCCAUCUUCGCUUUUCUAUCCCGCCCGGUGCUUCCUGACCAACAAAGACGGACCAAAGUUGUGCCAAAGUCCGAGGGAGAAGCGAAACCUUUCUGCUUCAUGGUCGCCCUCUUGUGGCGGCCUGAAGAAACUGGCAAAGUGAGGCCUCCUCUCAAACCAAAGAUUGUUUGAACGCUGCAGCUUUUACCUCCAAAGAAAAGUCUCAAUACCAAAAAGCGCUGGAGGCGGAGACCAAAGCAAACGCGCCCAUGCAGGGGGCGGAGCUUGAUUGACCAAAUGAAUAUUAAUGUUGUUGCACUUUGGCGUCACCCACACCACAACAAACACACCAAAGUUGACGUUUUUGUGCCUGGACAUAAAAAAAAA